GGGGGGGGGGGGGGGGGGGUUGUUCACUGGGGUUAUUUUGUGGGGCUCCAUAGUCACAUCUGACACAUUUGGCUUCCGUUUUACGUUUGAGGUUAGGAUUAGGGUACCGGUUAAUGGCUUCCAAUUUUCCGGCUAGGGUUAUGCCUUUAGGCUUAGGUUUUCGGGUUACGGUUAGGGGUUGAGCGUACGACUAGGUUCCACUAUUACGUUUAGGCUUCUCAGUUACGGCUAUGUCUAGGGGCUACGGUUACGUUUACGAUUUCGGCUAGGGUUAGGGUUGCCGUUAGGGUUAACGAUUAACGGUAACGGUUGAGGUUAGGGUAAAGGCUGGGAUUAGGGUUAAGGUAGCCGUCCGCUUCCCAUUCCGGGCUACCAACUGCGAUCUAGCCUAGGAAACAUUACUUAUAUCCACACAGCCAAAGAGCCAGAGCGGUGCCUUAUGGAAACGGAAUUGUAUGCGUCUUGACCUAAUGAAGCUGGCCUUCUCGGAAAAUCUACGAAACGGUUCAUUUGAUGUUUUAAAUGCAGAGAUGCGCCCCAUGUCGGGCGGGCCGUUGUCACCACACCCAGAGGUUUUUGACAGUUUUUUGUUUUAGCGACGAUGUUCUCCCCAUCUGGACUGUGCGGGGAUGCUUAUGAUAAAAAAAUUGGGUCCUUCUAGUUGUUUGGUGCUUAUAAUUGAGCGAACGUCACUCGGUUACACAUACCCAACCCUCGGUGUUCCCACUUUAUGCGGCGUUAGCCCCUCUAACGAGGUGUUUAAACGAGCACUGACCAUCGUCGCAUGCCGUACAUUAACGCCGCCGGCGCGUUUGUGCACUGACCACUUUACUGCAACGAUUUAUUAGGUUUCCACGCAGGAACUUCUGUGUUUCAGUCUUCAGUAAGAAGACAGUCUUUACAUUUGAAUGCUCUUGAAAGGGUAUGUAGACGGAGCAGUUUACAUCAAUGUUUAUACUAGGGCUUUUAAAACUGAGAACUGCGUGGAACGAGCUUAAGACCAGAAAUAAGACCACCAGGAUGGAUAAAUUUUAUCUUAAGGUCUGAUUUACAAAGUUUUUAUUUCGGGGCACAUCGAACAGAGCUCCAACUGACACAGAAUUGAGCACACGAGUCGCCUAAACGUUACACACUAACACAGGACUGUUUUAGUAGACGCCAUUUGUGCGAACCAUGAUCCACAGUCCAAAACUACCUGUGCUUUGGAACUUCAGAGGAAUAGUCUGUCUGUCUGUCAAACAAACUAUUUCCGCUGCUUGUGUCUCAGCUGUUGAAAAUUCUUUUUUUUUGCGGGAUCCACUGAACAGCACUGGCAAGUAAAAUUCCACAUUUACAAUCGUUUCUUCAGAAAGUGCUCCUCCCCCCCCGGGGGGGGGGUGGAGUUUUCACCCGCUCAUUGCCUGCUACAAAAGUACUAAAUCGUCCUCAGAGUUGGCGAUGAUCAGCGCACUGAUGAGCCAAUUCUCUAGACGUCAGCCUGCAGACUAAAGCACUUGCACUUCUGGGCCUAAUAAGGCAAUCAUUCAGGGCUGAGCACGCAGCCGCCAUUAGGCAGCUUGGCCUCGUCUAAUUAGGUGUGCGUCUGACGUUAAGUAAUUGUCAUCCACCGUUGACCUACAGCGUGCGUAAUGGGGCGGGUCGGGGAGUGGGCUAAUUUGGCAUUUGGUUGUCAGCCAUUAGUCAAUCUUCGCCGAAAAAUGACAGCCAGCACACAACUCAUUACGGGGAUGACCACUACAUCAAAAUUAAGCUGAUCAAUGAUCAGGGGACGGGGGGGGGGAGGGGAGGUAGGAUGACAGGGCGCGGUUGGAGGCGGAGACGCCAAAGUCGCCUUUGCGUGCGGCGACCUGACGAGGCUUUGCCAUAGAAGAAUGCAGAGAGAAAUCCCAAAGUGAAUAGAGGUAGGCGUGUAAGCCUCCAUCUUCCCCUAGGAAUCGAGUAGCAGAGAAGAAAGACGAGAAUAAACGAGAGAAGACAAAUAAAAAAGGAAAGAAGAGCAAAAACGGAAGAAAAUAGGACGGAAUAAGACCAGACGUGGUCGAAACGCGAACCCAAGAGGCCGUAGUGGGGCUAGAAUGAUUACCAGCCUUGAAGAAGAAGACACGAUCGCCGGGACAAGAGCUCUAUUAGCCAGGCGUUUCGGAUUCCUGCUUGAAUCCAUCAUCAGAGAUAAAACCAGAUAAGGGUCUGUGAUGAUGGAUUCGAGCAGGAAUCCGAAACGUCAGGCUAAUAAAGCUCUUGUCCUGGCGAUCGUGUCUUCUUCUUCUUCUUCUUCUUCUUCUUCUUCUUCUUCAAGACAGUUUCCUGGGACUCGUCUCUUCGCUUCAAUUGGCAAUGAUUACCAGCGCCAAAAGUAGGAGCCUUUAAGGGGGAGCACUGGCAACCUUUAAGGUUAGCAGGAGGAGGAUGAUAUAGGAUUGUAGACUAGACAAAUUAAGAAAACGAGAGAAGAUGGAAUCUAUUGAAUCCCAGAAAGAAAGAACCCAGGGAGGGGGUGAUGCGAAUUUAGCAUAAGAAAGAGAAGACGAAGGGAACGAAAUCGUCUGAAGGGGAUAAAAGACUGAGACGCAUUUCAUUUGAAGAGCAUUGAUGGUCAAAUGCAAAGUGCGAUCCCCCCGAUAGGGGGGAGGGAGAGAAUAGAAUAGGAACCAGGAGUUAUGCAUGUCGCAGGGGCAGACAGGAGUCGGGGUGGGGGAGAAGCGAGACAGGCAGCAAAAAGAUGAAAACAGUUACUGGACACCCCAGUCCAAGCCUUUGAAAAUGCCUUAGUGGGAUACUAAAAAUAGAUGUUUACGUCUCAGUCAACAUCCUGUCACGUCCCUGCCUCGCGCUAACAGGCUGUCAUCAUGAAUAUGAUGACUAAAAUAGCCACUUUACGAAUCAGGCCCCUUAAUUUUCUUACUAACACAGCCAGGCCUUAUGCAAGGGCCUGACAGGCAGUCUGUAUCAGCAAUGCAGUCUAGACGCCCACAAACUUUCUUGUUUACCAGACGAACCGAGGAAAGAUGCGUUGGGUCUGAUUAUUUCAAGCCUUACCGAGAACAGGCUGGUGGGUGUUCACCCUGGGUGAGUAUAAUAGCCACAGCCCGAAAACCGACAACAUGAUUUAUGUAAAUUCAGCAAGUCUGAAUGUCAGCGUGCGUGAUUAAAUCUAGUUGUGUAGAAAGCAUAAACAGGCUAAAUUUGGUCUGACAAUACGGGGGGAUGUCUGACCAUCAGAGAGACGUCUCAGCCUUGGCCAUCUAUUUUAUGUUGUCAGAAACCAGGGGACGCAACCGGAGAAACCAUAGAUACACAAGUAAAUGCAAAAUGUUUGCAUUUAGAAACGUCGCCAACACGUGGGUUCUGUCGAAAGAAACGGUAGGAGCAUUUGUCUCGCAAACAAAGACCAAAGGGACAACUGUGUUAACUUACUUCAUUUAGUAGGUGGGGCUUCAGCCUGAUAUUUGAUCCGCGAGCUGUUUGGGAAAUGCUGACCGGUAUAGUGCGUAUUUAAAUAAGCCAGGUUGUCUUCGUAACAGACUGUGUCAUGAGGCGUUUGAUAUGAGAUCUCAUCAUAUCCCCAAGCUCCAAAAAUGUGUUGUAACUUCUCCAGUUGAACUGCCGCAACUAGACCUCCUGUCCAUUAGGCACAUCUUUGGGAAAACUUUUCCUUAAGUGCUCCGUCUUUCGAUGGACAUCGCAAAGUUUUAGUCUGUUUAAAAAUGAUUUGACGCUGAAAGAAGACAGUAAUCAGGUCAUAAAGGGGAAAGCGUAACCGAAGCCUUUGCGUUUUUAGAAAGUCCGCACAAGUAAGCAGGCUGAUUGGAGUAGCAGCAAUGCGUUUAUGGGGAGGAGAUUAACAGAACAAAAGUAAAUAUCUCUCCCAACUGCUCUCCGUUGACUUUAUUCUGUGGUUAGCGUCACGUCAACCGACAAUACAUCAAGCUGUUAGACGUGUUCAUGUGCCAGUUCGGCAAUCCAACUCAUUCGGUUUUUUGGCGCAUAAAAGCUCCAUCAUCACCUACUAUACUCUGAAUAUGGUUCCAACAGUUUAUAUUUCCGUCGGGAGUCUAUAAAAUCACCCAAAGUUCAGUUCUACAGAGUACCUGGUAAUAGUCUUCUUAGGUGCUGACAAUGAACGCCCAAAAAAUCAAAAAGAAUUAAAAUUAUUGCUCGGGUUUACUUUUCUCGUUUUUCAUGCCUUACAGUUAAAAGGGGACUUUUAUAAUAGUUUCACGACCUAACCUUCCAAUUCCCCUCAUUUUAAGGUCCAUCUGCGAGGCCUAGGGAAAAGACAGUUAAGCCUCAGCAUCAUAUGAUGAACUUUUUAUCAGGGAGUCUCAAUACACUAAUUUAAACACUAUUUGUUAGGCGAGGUCUUCGUAAAUUGCACUAUUACAGCGCAUUUGGAACACACACUGCGCCAGCCAGUCUCAUGCGUGAAAAUCUAUUAAAAUCUGAACAACUCUGAACUGGAUACGACGGCAGACAGGCGUCUUGUCACCACCGGCCUGGUUGAUGUCUUCCAAUUUUGAUGGCCAAAUAACCCUGUCAAGGCGAUUUAACGCGCGCUGACACGGUCAUCACAGACUGCGUUAAUCAUCCUCCAGGGCUCAUCAAUAAUCGCAGGUCCACUAAGCGUUCCCGUCUUAUCACACACGCACACUAGUGCGCCUUCCUAAUCACAUUUGAUUUACGCAACCACAAAUUACCCCACACCCCCUUCACUGAGGUUGUACUUUGCUCGCAAAGUCAUUGAAACCCAUCGAACCACACCAUCUGCCAAAAGUACUGUAAGUUGCCCGAGAAACCAAUUUGUCACCGUUUGCUUGAACGGAGAACACGCACUUUAAAUCUUACAUUAACGUCGAAAAGUCAGAAGUCAUAUGUAAAAUAGAAAAGCCUGCGUCUGAAAGCUGCGCGCGUUUGCUGCCAAGAUGGAAUUAUACGGCAUACGUUCUGCAGAGGUGAGUAAGAAGAGUACUGUUCAAAAUGCACCUCUAUUUAUUAAGGUUCACUUUUACUGAAAUGGAUUCAGUGAGCGCAUUAAGGUAGAGAUACAAGGAAUUGUCCAACACCAGCUCAAUGGUAGAGGGGCGCUUAUGGGUCGUUGUUUAUUUUUUUACGGAACUCACUCGUCCCGUUGUACCUUAGGGUUCUCCCUCGAGCCCAACUAGCAACCGUACAGCAGCGCAUGAUGGGGGUAGAAUGGUAUUACCGACAAGGGAGACUAGAAUGGUUAUUUUGGGCCAUUCCGUAAAAACUAUCGGUGAGCGCCCCCUACCAUUGUUAAUAUGUCCGAUCGCAACCGACAUGGCAACGAGCCCGUGGAUCAGUGGUUAGGGCAUUGUACUUCUAACCAACAGGUCGCGGGAUCGAGCCUUAGAGGUAGCACACCUCGGCGUUGGGUAUGGGUGGCCGACAACGGCCAAUAACUCAGAAAAGGCCAUUUCCGUCCCCCUUGUCUUUGUCAGGCAGUUAUUCAGUCCUGCUGAUUUAGUUAUCUCAGAUCAAAUUCCCUUCCAUACGAAAGGUUGUGUUGGUUGAGUUUCUUAUGAUGCCGAGAUCUAUCACUCCCAGGAGUGCAUCUACGAUCGGGAUUUUCAGGCUUGGCCCAGUUCCUACGAAAAAGUUACUGUCUUCGCAGGUUCCCUUCAGAUCAGAGAGUGUUUCGGGAUUUAAAACUGACGGCCAAAACUUGCCCGGUGGAGCAAACUGGGAACAGGUACCAAUGUCACAUUUGUCUCCGUUCACCCUUGCCGUUAGAUAACCUUAGUGAGGACCGUUGCGUUCGGGCGAGAAUGUUCAACUUCCGGUUGUGUUACCUCCAAGCUGCCACGUAUUUUUAGUCUAUUGUCAUUUUCCGUAAUGAAAUGGCCUGACGUCACCUGCAAAGGACGGAACUGGAGUUCGCACAGGCAAGUUUUACACGAAGCUAUUUACUGUCCAUGUUUACGACAUCCAAGAUUUCGUCUAACCUGACCUGAAUAACUGCAGGCACAGUUUAUACACACGAUAUGCUACACAACUCCCGAUUGAUCACUGGGAAAAUUCGAAUCCUCAUGAGCGAUCAGGUGCCCUUGAAACGGCAGCAGAAACUCCGGGAGGUGAAUGCCAAGGGAGGGAUAGUUUUGGAAUGUGCUGAUUGCAGCGAAGUAAAGAAGAUUAAUAGAUCAGUGCUGUCCACGCUUGAAGUUAUUUCGGCACUACUGACACCCAAUCCGAAAGACGAACCUCAGUCGCCAUGAGUUUCUGUCAUGCUGAGGAUGGCAAAUAGGGCCGAAACGACAGCCCAUGUGUCCCUGUCUUUAUCAUUAAGAUUUCGCGCUUGUCGAUGGCCAGAUACCCUGCGACCACCCGCGUGGACCGUAUACUCUUAGCUGAAAGUCAAACAGAACUGUUCACUUCCGUCCUGUUAUCCCGGUAGAUCGGUGUUCGUCACCGUGGUUUGACUUUAUCUCAGGUAUUACUAGAAACCCACCUUUUCCUGCCUAUCAGAAAGACGGGGUGUUCGCAACAAUUAUUUUCCCCUCUGUCCACCUUGCCUCUGCAUCUUGCGUACAUUCCAGGCCUAAACACAACAAACUAAAUCUGGGAAGGCCAUUUCCGCAAGCCUGGAUAACCAUACGCCGAUAAGCGUUAUUUACCUGCGAUUGUAGGCAGACCCGCUCGAGCUGCUAUCAGCAGAAACCUAUAUAACGGAACGGUCACUCUUCUUAGAGCAGAAUUUUUGUGGUGAUAAUACUGCAAAGACGAAGACCAAUUUGCAUGAAGACACGUGGGAUCAUUCACCAGCUGAGUCAACUAGUUUGCAUGAAAAUGCUAACAGCCCGACGGCAGAGGCGUUACCACCAUCAGUCGCCCAAGACAUGGCACAAUUGGGGGCCGUUUCUUUGAAGUCCUGCUGGUUCGUAACAUACGACAUUCGGUAGAAUUGCCAAUAUAAGCGAAGAGCGGAGUCCCAGGAAGUAGUCGUGAAGAAGGAGACACGAUCGCUGGGACAAGAGCUUUAUUGGCCUGACGUUUCGGAUUCCUGCUCGAACCAUCAUCAGAGACAACAGCAGAUGGCUGAUGUUAGUGCAAAGAUAGGAUUUUGCCUAGAGGACUUUGACUCCAAAGCAUAAAUUGAUAUUCAGCGUGCUCGAAAGAACUGUUACCGACAUCUGAUCUCUACGGAGGCACUACACAGAUCCGUCUAGGCCAGCACGAUCCCACGCUAAGAGGGGGCACAUUUCGUGGAUUACAGGGAAUGUUUCUUCCCUAGAGUCGUAAAAGUAAGACUUUGCUACUCAUUCCCAUGCCUUUCUCCAUGACUUAUCAACUAGCCGUUCUACCGACUAGACUUGACGAACGCUCGAAAGCUUUGUUUUUGAAUUGAGAUCUUCAUGCCGACUAUACUCACUUGGAACGCAAUAGAUCUCCAUCGAUAGCGUCAACAGGAAAGGUCUUGUCCUUCAAACCGUCAUUUAGUAUAUUGCUUCCUCUUCUGAAUCCACCAAUACCCUUUAUUUGGUCUGUGCUCCAACUCAAUGGCACGCCGUAAGUUAAAAGGCAAUUCGCACAGCGCGAAGCCAUGUAUCAUUAGGUCGGAUCAGAACGUCGACCGUUCGAGUUCACACAUGUUUUACUGCCAUUGAGUCACAAACGACGUGCUCCACAACUGUGCGCAUACUGAAUUAUGUUUAACUGAAGUGGGAAUAAAAUCAAAGCUCUCGGUCGGAGUCCCAUAGCUCAGGCGGUAACAGUGGUGACGUUAGUCAAUUAACCAACCGAGUCUGAACUUGUGGGUUACUGUAGAAAUGUAUGAAGGAGACAGAGCUACUCGAAUUCCACGAUGGCAUGAUUUCGAAGACUUAUAGAGAUCGAAUGAGAUGGAAUUUGAGGUAAACCUACCAUAGAAGAUGACGCCGGCCAGGAAGAGUUUACUUGAAGGGUCUUUCACGGAAGCGAAACAAACGUCAGUACUUGAGUGUGAGUCAUAUAGGUCUGUAAUUUUUAAGCUAAUAGACAUAGGUUAUAGGGCUCAGGAACCGACUUCAAGGAUGCAUACAUUCGUUGGCAUAGAACACAACUAACCGUGUUUGCUUAAAGAUGUUAAUUCAGUGGCAAUGAUCUUCGGGAGAACAUACUUUCCGGGAAGUUGUUUGGGCAAUACUAACAGCGGAUGACGAAUGCAGUAUUGAACAGUCACUGGGAAUGAUGACUUUCUUUGCCAGGUAGGAAUUAGUCAAAUUAUCCGCGCUCUUCUGGGUUUGUUUGAUUUUUUGACUGGUCCCCGAUUAUUGGGAAGGGAAUGAGACUGCCUUUGGAGGGCCACCUGUGACUGAUAGCUAGGCUUAAGUCAGUAACGGUUCUUUAAUCUCCUAAGUUUCACAGUACUCUUGUGUUUACGUGUUUGGUCAGUCCACCCUAUGAAUGUAGCAUCAGUCAAACUGCCACCGAUUUUCCUCACACCUACUUUGUCUCCUUCAAUUCACUCGAAGAUCUUGUGGAUCUGUGACGCUCCUCGACUACUGUUUGUUUGAAGUAGGUCUUUCGAAUUUUCCAUAGUUUUCUCUGUCUUUCCACUUGUUUUUUACCUUUGCCUUGCUGUGAUUCCUCCUAUUCUGUGUGUUUCUCCUAGAGACUUAUGAGUCCGUUCUUAAUCAACUAUUUAUUAUCACGCUCAUCAUCUUUAAACUUCUAAGCGAAUUAUUUGGGACGCCCAAGGCGUAUAUAAAGGCGAAUAUUGCGGACAUUGCGACGGCUACUACUCCUAAUCACAAUAUUACUGAUAACUUCGAUAGCACAGCAGGUGCCAACAUUAAUAACAAUGCUGCUACCAGCACUGCUACCGGUGGUACUGAUAUUACACAUAUAUCUGCAUCACUACUAUGACUACUAAUACUGAUGACUUUGCCUGAACUAACACUACUACUGUAGUCAUUUAUGCUAUUACUAAAUUGCUACUUCCCUAAAUACUGUUUCUGCCUUAUUGCUGUUAUCAAUUCUUUCAUUCUUGAAGGAAAAUAGCCAUUUACAGGGACUGGUGCCUAAGACAGUUGUUUAAAUAUACAUGCAAAUGGUAGAGGGGCACUCACCGAUCGCACUACGGACCUCGCUCGUCCCAUUGUGCCUUGAGGUUCUCUCUCUCUCUCUCUCAAGCCCCGUCAGCAGCCGCACAGCAUCGCGCGAUAUAGCAGAAUAACUUUGUCGACGAAGACAAAGGCAAAUGGAAUGACCAUUUCUGGAUUAUUAGCCGUCAUCAGCCAGUCAUACCCGACCCCGAGGCGGGAAACAACUGGAGCUCGAUCCUGCAAGGUGUUGGUUAGAAGUCCAACUCCCCUUACCACAGAUUUACGGACUCGCUGUCCUGUCGAGUUAGGGGCGUUGGACUUCCGACCAACAGGUCGCGGAAUAAGGCCCCAGAUAUACCACACCUCGGGGUCGGGUAUGACUGGCUGAUGAUAGCUAAUAGGCCAGAAGUGGCCAUAAAAGUCUUCCUUGUCUUUAUCGGUAAAGUUAUUCUGCCUAUAGCACGUACUGCUGUACGGCCGCUGACGGCGCUUGAGAGAGAGAGAGAGAGCCUCAAGGCACAGCGGGACGAGUGAGUUCCGUAGCGCAAUAGGUGAGUGUCCCUUCUAAUAUUCUCCAAAUUGAUGCUCAUAACCAUCGCCUGCGUUUUAAAAUGCAAUACUUGCUAUAGCAAGGUUUGUCUCACUUUGAGUGGGUACAGCGCAUGCCUGUGACAUUGCCUAAACCUCCCCCCUGUAGGUAAAGGAGCAGGCGUAAUUGGCACAGAGGCACCAAAAGUACCCACCGGUAGACUGGUGAUUAAUUUAGUUAAUUUACGUUGACGUGGAGCGAUAUUCGGCAGUAAUGACGUUUUUGCUGAUUCCACGAAGUUAUUUGAAUAGACUCCCGAAUGCUUAUCCCAGCGCAAUGGGCAUUAACCUGAUGGUGGACCCAUUAAUCACGCACCAACUUGGACGCGUCGCUGUGGAAUGUGCUGCCCGGCAAUCGAUUUUCGGCGACGAAAUCUCGCCACCUCGAAAAAUGGGAAAUGAUUAAAAUCAAUGACUAGGCUGGAGAGAGUGUGUUGGGGAAACGCUUUGGAUGAAUGACACGGCAACAGUGAAUGAGAAAAGACAGGCAGGUACGGUGAUGUUUUGACUCCAAACAAAUUCAGAUUAAAUGAGGUUUAGACCUAAAGACUGCACAACAGUUAAUAGCCGAGUUGGUGAGACGGUGACGGGAGAAAGAAACGGUGUUGGAAAAACAAGAGGAUAUAAGAGGGGAAUGCAUAGAAAGAUUACCCUUCCAGGUGCUUGGUUGGAGUGGUUUUUUCAUCGUAUGUUGGUAGGCGCACAUCUACAAGGAGAAAAUCUGGUUUGAUUGAAUUACGUUUCCAUACUCUAUCAGUAAAUUCAGAAACUUUCCCAUGGACUGUCUCACUUGAAUGGCCUAAACAGUUAUUGUCAUUCUGUGGCUACACGAUAGGACAAGCUAACCAUAUUCAUCCCUGGUAAAGAGGGUUUACAAAGUCCUGGUAGGUCACCCAGCUUAGACAGGUUUAAUAAUUUCACACUCGUCUUGCUGAGGAAAAAACUAACUCGCAAACUCUUAAGAGUUCCUGUAGCUUAUAGGUCAACGACUGAACUUUCAUCCCAUCGGAUAGGCCAAAAUGCCGCAUGCGAGUGGUGCUAGUCGAGCCGUCCUGAAUAAAAAACGGUAAACUUGUAGCCUAAAGUUGCCUUGGAUCUCCGGUGGAAAGCCUCACGAUCAACACGAUGAUGGUUCACUGAUCGAGCGCUUAACUUCGGCGCCUGAUAGUUCGACCGCUGUUGCCGACGAUGUCCACCGUGUGCUCCACAGCAAGACGAGUGCGAACACGCUGGCUUGCGCAUGAAUUAGUUUAUAGUGAGAGCAGACUUUCGCAGCAUCCAACGCACUCUCGCCUCCCCCUGGCCGAAAUCGGAUGUCAAGACAUUGCCAAGAAGACCGGAAGCCGGAGAGGGCAAAGGUGGCUAGCACGGCCGGAUGCACAUCUAGGCGUAGCACCACACCCCUGGUCCACAGCAAACACUUGAAAGGGGUUUUUCUCAGCAACAAAAACGGAUCAGAAACAGAAGGAUGACACAAAUAACUGGACAAACAUGCGCAGGACUUGUAUCCCUAAACGUGUCUACUGGUAGAGAACCAAGUGCCAGGGAACUGCCAGCGUACAUCAGGCUGUGAGGGCCGUAAUUUGCCAAAGCAUGGCUCAGCAAAAGCACAUAGUUCAGCGCCCAAUGACCAAAUGACCAGGAGUCAAACCUCAGAUAUGUUCAGCAUGAAUUUGGGAUGUUGAUGAAUAAGGACAAUAACAGACUAGACUCUUGAAGUGUAGUCACGCGUAUAUGAGAAUCGUGAUCACCAGUCUAUUCUACUGGUAGGACGAACUAGGGAUAAUCUCGGCUCGCUCUGGGACGUGCGCAAACAGUCGCUUAGCGACGUUCACCCGGUAAUCGAAUAGUGAUACCGAUUUGAGUGAACUAACAGACUAAUAACAAUAGGCAGGGAUGUACCACUGCUAACUAGCAGUAAAAUAGUUGGAAUUAAUGCCUCAUGGUAAGAAGCUAAACUGCCAGCCGAGGCAAUCACAACAGCACAAAACUAUGGCACUACUAUGUCGGCUGCCUACCUGGUAGUAUUACCUACAUAAGAAGGUAUCAGACGGUCAAGUAAAGUGUGUGAACGGCCUGUCCAUAGCCCGAACUGACAGUCAGCCAAGUUGCUAGGAUGGUCCAUCCAAAGCUACAAGUUCGUCAUUAGGGCAUCGGAAGUGCUCUCUGAGUCGUCAGACAACCAAUAAACGCAAUCAAGUCGGGGGUUCCAUCUUCUUCCGGCAGUUUAGUAUCCAAUAAAGUAGUCACCAAUGCAAAUCCGCUGUUUUCACAUGCAGACAGUGACAACUAGCCUGCUGAAAACUUAGUGAUUUUUAAUUCUGUUAAAUUGAAUGCGUUCAUGCACACAUAAAGAUGGCUGCAGUUUUCGGGAAACAAAAUCCCAGGCACACACGAAAAUAUAAAUAUAAGUGGAUACUUGGUGGUAAUUUGCGCAGAAAAAUAAACCCAAUGCCACAUGAUCCUAUGAGAACAUGGAGUGCGGUAUUACCUGGCAUUAAAAAAGCAAUGCCUAAGUCGAUUAUCUGCGUGAAAUGCCAAAAUUAGGCAAUUAGUCUUCCAAAAAUCCACUUCUAUACUGGCUGCGUGAAGUUUGUAGAAUGGUGCUGCCUAUUUUAAGGUCGUUGGGUCUUGAAAGCAACCUCAGGAUGAAAAGCUUUAAAAGAUAAAUCCAAUUUGUCGGUUUGCGAAAAACGGACCCCAGAAGCUAAACUAUCAGCCGAAGUGAUAAUAACAGCACAAAACUAUGGCAACUACUAUGCAUAACGUGAUCGGUGAGCGCCGCUCUACCAUAAGACAACAAGAUUUAGAGUUAUUGUGUCAGAAACACAACACGUCCCCAUCCGAAACUCAAAGGGAAAAAAUAGUCAUAAAGACAUGGCAUAGUAAGUGCCGCAAAAUUCGAGAGUUAGGCCACAACCGACACGAAAGGGCGAAGGCCUAACGACCUCUUAUCAGAUGAGCUCAAAUGUAUUCCAAAAACUCACGAGGAAUGCUCCGUUCCCUGCUUGCAGAUUUCCACAGUUUUAAAUCCGUUCAAUAUUAGUUGACGCCACAAAUUGCGCUCCCCUAAUGGGACUGCACUCACUGUUCCAGCCUUCAUUGUGCACAAAUAACACAGCGGUUCAAGGCUGUAGCCGGUGAUAAAGUGCUGGAUCUUCAAGACACACAGUAACACGGAACUAAUGAUGGUUUGAACAUUCUUCAUCCCAUCCAGGAGGCCGUCCAGAAUUUGCUGUAAUUUCCUCUAAACCAAGCGCAAACUCCGAACAUCCCUUACCAACUCAGUUAAAUUCAAAUGUUGAGAGUGCAUCGUUUUUGUGGGGCAGUACUUGUAGGCCCCAAUUAGGUGUAAGGUCAACGCUCCCGUAUUGUGAUAUGACUGGGUCGCAGCUGAGGAACUCACUAAACGCACUAACUCUUGCAACGGGUUUUUUCUUUGACUGUGUACGACAGUAUCUACUCGAAAACAGAAGCCCCUCUGGCGAUGGGUUUUCUCCAGCUGAUGACUUUUAAGGCAUGCCGCCUACAGUAAAGCUGGAUGCUUUUACUUGCAUCCAGGAAGACACUAGAACCGAGAGUCGAAAACUCGCUUUCGCAUGACACAAUGAGUUUUAUGAUUGUCACGUGGACAUUCUUAAAAGUGCGGACCACUAACACGCUUUUUCGGCCGAAAUUGCAGUUUUCAUCGGCCGAUGUAUUCCAAAUUCCUUUACACAAUCCUCUUCUUAUAACCCAUAGAACCAACAAGAAAGAGCAUCCCGUAGAAUUAAAAUUACACCAUACAGACAACAAGUCGGAUUCAAGUAUUUUUGACAAAAUAGGUGAUGUUUUGCCUAAUUUAACGUAAGCAACAGAAGUUGAAAUUAUAAGGGGAGAGAAGCAUUUUAGAAGAGAAGGGAGAAGGUUCGGUUGUUGAAACAAAAAAUGUCUCUAAUUUGUGCCCCAUUUCAUCAUCAGGGACAACAACGGAAAAGGGUAUUAGACGCACAAAGGCUGCAGUGUUUAUAUGAUGUGAUCGCUACAUGACCACGUGCCUAUAUACAUUAGCCAAAUCAAUAUCACAGCUUUUUAUUUUCCGCAGAUAUUAGCGCGCUAACAUGGGGCGGCUCACUCGAAAUGAAGCUUUAUAGACUCAGUCCUAUGUACGAAGAAUCAGCCAGUUGCCCGCUAUACCAUACUUGACGACACAGUUACUAGUUAAAAACUCAGACACGUGCUCCGCCGAAAUUCUGUCUCUGCAUGACACAGCUGCGAGCGGUUCGGCUCAACAAGGGAUCCCCCAGCGUCCCCUGUGUGCUUUCAGGUAGAUGCUCCAGUUUUCAAAUUUCAGGUUCGUAAAUAACAGAAGUGACACCUCUUGACAAACAAGUUACGGUUUUGACUGUUCGUAAAUCCGGAAGACAUUUUUAACAAGAAUAAAUCAUAAGGAAGAAGAUUAGUCGAUCCCGAAACCCUCGUAGCUGUCUCAUGCAACGGCAGAAUAUCGGCGAAACAGGUAGCUGGACUUUGAGUUAGUACCUUUGCUGUUAAUGUGCUAUCUUGUGACACUAAAAUAUACUAGUGUCAAGUGUUUGUUGCAGAUUAGGGGAAUGUGGUGGUACGCCUAGGUGCUGGUUCGGCAGUGUCAGCCACCUACGCCCUCUACUGCCUCUGGUCUUCUUGACUCUGUCUUGACACCGUGCCCAGACGCGGAGGGGAGGGUGCGGUAGAUGCUUCGCAAGUCGACUCUCACCGUAAACCAAUUAACGCGCAUAUCGGUGACAUCGUCAGUCGCGACGGUCGAACCGUCAUAUUUUCUAGGAAUGUUACACAAGUCGUCACUUUUUCUUCAUGUUCUACGGGAAUUUGUACCUCCUUCAAAUCUUGGGACUUUAGAUUGCGAGUAGUCCUUCCUAGAACAAAGCUGAUGAACAACCCGGUUUUUCACCCGUUCCUUUAAUCGCCAAGCUGCACUAACGCGUGUCCUAAUUGCGGAUCACACUGGAACUCUCAGAUUCACAGGAAAAAUCAAUUUUGUUCACGCGAAACAUAAUAGCAGCGGCCUUUCGCAUUGCAUAUACUGACGUGCAGUAAAUUUUAAGUGCUACUUAAAGCAUGCUGAGACAAGUUUUUCUUUAUUUUUACGUCAGGAAUGACAGCUGCUGGCUGUGCUAAUUUAACCUCUCACUGGGUGACGUGGAAGGAGAAAGUCUUUCUAAAAAAGGCAACCUUCGUUACCCUUUGAUGUCUAAAAUCGCUUAGGCGAAUCGUUUUUACUCAUUAUUGCGUAAUAAAGCGAUGGGCAAGUUAAUUUUGGGAGUUUGUGUACUUUUCCUUGUGCCCUUUCUUUGGCGACUCCAGACCUUUUCUAACUUUAACCAGAGGGGAAUGCUAAUUUCGGUACAGUCGUCUUCUUCUUCUAUGUGUGUGCGCCCGUGCUCAUAGUCGAAUAGCCCACACUUUCAGUGCGUUUUUUGCGCAGGUAACAAGCACUCUGUUUGUCCGAUUUGCAGCAGAAGUACCAACCUAUCAGAAGCGAUAAUCAGUUUAAUGUUAAGAAUUUACUGUGCGAGCUGACGGAAGCUCACAAUGGCUCCUAAGUGAACACACCGAACCGAACUGACGUUUUAUCUGGCCAAUGGAGAUAGAUCAAAGAUUCUAGGGCUUUGUCGCAUGUCGUUUUCUGACCGCUUCUGUCCACGUCGAAAGGGAGGGAAUUGCGAAUCGGAAAAGGCCCACGAAUGCUACUCCUCGAUUUACACACAACGUCCAGGUGACGAGCACACACACACACACACAGAGAAUCCCGAAGUCUGUCAUUUGAGAAGUAGCCCGAUUUUUUUGUUUUUGCACCCUGCAUUUAAGAACAUCGGCAAUAGCGACAGUCACCGGGGACUGCACCCGAGGGGAAGCCAUGUGCGAAUUCCCAUUUUGGCGGUUUCAACAACGGUCCUUUUAGUUUUUUCGUGCCAUCGAACUUAAAAAUAGAUCAUUACAUAGGUUGGCCUGGGUGAGGAGGCAGUCACUGUCAGUCACGUAGUUGUUGCAGAGUAGUUCUAGCUGCCGUCAGAACUUGCGAUAUGGAGGCUUUUCGUAGGCGCAUAGCCUGAGUAGGGAAUCACGCAGUGUACGCACCAAAACGUGUGAGGGUCACCGUAGGCACACAAAAGCCAAGUCCGUGACUAUCGCUUCAAGGCCGAGUGGUUUAUGUAAGCGUGUGCAAGCAAAUUGAGAUCUAAAAUAACUGAAUUAGAGUGAUCUCAUAGACUGUCAGAGAGGGUGCUUAAGCUGCUGGAUACGUUGUAAUGUUGGGGGAGAACUAUGCUAAAAAAAUCGCACGGAUGUUCCCACAGUUAAAUUAGAAGUCGCCACAAAAUAAUGAAGAGAGAGAAAGCGGGCCGAGAGAAAUAACCUUCAGUAGAUUUUGACUCAGAGUAGGAGCAAAACGGCUUUGGAAAUGUUAAAACCCUGUAUUUUUCCCAGGUUGGCGCAUGUUUCUCUGGUAUGCGCAUUCGGUCGUACUUCCGUGCUCUAUUUGCUCAAGGCAGCAAAUGCAGGAUUUUUUAAACUCGCGUGCAAACAAUCCACUAAUUAAUGAAGAUCAAACAUGCGAUUCCCCCGUCCCUGGAUCCAAGCCAAUUAGUGCACAAAAACACGUAAACUGCAGUAGCUCUGGUGAAUUACGCUCGUUCUCGUCCAAAAAGUAGACCACCGUUUCAUCGAAAGUUGCAGUUCUAUGCAACGAUUCGCAGAGCGAUAAACUCUUUGCUUUCCAUGCGUCGCCCCGAAAUCCGGCUGCACUUAGAGUAAAAAAGCUUCCGAGGGUUAUGGCGCAAAUUGUUUUUGAGCCUUGCGUUUGUGAGAGUCGUCCUUUUCGUAGGCAAUCACUUCCUUAAAUCCUAACAGUAAGGUUUGCAACCCUUCUGGAAAGAUUACUCAUUAAUUUUAAGAAGCCGUGAAAAUGACCCAGAUGUGAUUAAACUCGCCUCUUCCGGCGGGGCCUCGCAGCUCAAGUAGUUAGAGCGUUGGCUGUACUAAAGCCUUCCCCUUACUGCGUGGGUUCGAAUCGCACAGUUGGGUCAAUAUGAAAAUGACCCAGUCAAAAAGCGGUUUAUAGACGUACGCAGAUGGUUAGCGAUUGAUUAAAUUAAAUAAAGAGGGCAACGGUAGGAUGAAGGACCCCAGUUAGCUGUCGGUAUGCUAUGAAUCGGGUCAUACGGGAAUGGUAAUAAUGGGAGGGAGGGGUUUACGGGUGGGACAGCAUGCCGGACAGUAAGCUGACGGAAUGGAGACAAGCGCAGGAGACGGCCGGUAGCAAAAACGAUACCUUCGAGUAAAAUUAUGAAUGUAUGCAAAUACGACAUCCAGCAGGAUACCCCAUGGCGUUCCGUUUUGAAUGACCGCCUGGCCAUCAAACAAUCGAGCCUAUCCCCUGCCAGAAAGUUCUGUUAUCCCUUAAUUCAUGCCCACUUGGUCCCCGUUAUUGUUUCUCCGCCCUUGAAUACAACUUCCAGUCAUCAUUACUAGAACACGUUUCCCAAGUAAAUACAACAGCACACAGUCCACCGUCUACCAACAGCUAAUUGGGGGACCUUCACCCUACCAUUACCAUAAAAACUUGGCACAGAAACAAAAUUAUUACCAAGUAAGAAAUGCCUGCCACCCGUAGGGAGAAUCUGAAUCUUCGAUCAGUCAAUUUCCGUUAAUUUUACGCAAAAUUACGUCUAUGUCAGGGAUGAUGGAAGCAACCUAACCCUGCAUAUAUUGCUCACAGGGCACAUUUAUAUGAGGAAACAGUAUUUAUGAGGAAAGAACUGACUUCAGUGUUACCAGCCGCUCCUUCAUUGGCGCAUUUAAAUUUCCUCAGAAAUUACCUACAAAGUUGGAGUAGAUCAGUUUAUUCAAGGUCUAUAUGCUCAGACCGAGAAUUUUAUGCAUGAAUAUUUGGGCCAGUACCUGUGGAUAGUACCUAUGCUAUUAGUAUGAUAUCACCUUGCCGCUCCUACAUUAUUUGAAACUGUGUUCCCAUCCGUACAUUCGAAGCCAAGAACAAUUACUGCUUAGGCGCCUUCCGGGGCUGAUUUCACGUGGAUGUCCUGUUCACAAAGUUGGACAAACCGGUUACUGUAAACAAUAUGAAGAUGAAUUUUCCCAGGAGAUCAGCAUGCUUGUUGCAACUUCAUGACCUUUCAACUUCUUAAGUUACCCGAUCAGUUUUGUAAGAAGACUGCUUUGAUUUGAAUUCUCAUAGGCAAAAUAAACACAAAUACCUCUUCGUCUAUUUUGAAAUAGGAACAGCGUAUUCUAUCUCUCCCUGUAUAUAUAAUUGGUGACCAUUCUUCAUAUGUGACAAACUUACUUUAAAUGGUGUCCUCUAACCCUAUCAAGGAGAUGGUGCCAUAUGGGUUCAACGUCCGUUUGUUAAUUCGGACUAAACAUUUAUCUUAUAUACAUGCAUAUACAUACACAUCACAUGUAGUCUUAGAUAUCAUCAACAGGAAACAAAGUUCCUGAAAUAGCCAACACUUUGCCAAGUCAUUGGUAAUUAACCGCACCGAGAAUAAAAUCAACGUAUCGAUUUUCAGUAAACAGUACAAAGGUUUUGGAAUUUCGGAAUACUACAGCAGAUUGACUUUCCUUUUCGUUGAAUCGUACAAGUAUUGCCAAUCCGUUAUUAAGUUCCCCAUGUCUUCUUCAAAUUAGGACUAUUGUCCUUGCUCUUCAAAGGUUAAGCUAUAUAAUUUAUAAUAUCGAUUAUUUUCAUUGAUUUUUAGCUGCACGUCUGUGAUUUUCCAGAUGUCGCCUGAAUAUUUUUGGUGGUUCUUCUUCUGCUCCUGAAGGUCAGCAUACGAGUAACGUCGGAAUCUUUCCUUAGCUGUGAACAUUUUCUUUACAAGGUUCCUUAGGACGAAUUUGUACUAGCUACUCAUCACAAUUCCACCUGCCUUAGCUGGCCUAUCUCAUUAAAUGUCAGCCGAAAAUCUGAAAUAUUAUUCAAGGAGAAAAGACUACUUAGGUAGAGUUGUAAUAUUAAUUAUUGUACGACAUAAUCUCAAAAUAUCUCAAGUUCGCACCACUGCUGGCUUGAUCCAAAAUUAUUCGAGAAUCGCAGAAAUUAUUAAAACCUAAAUAUGUUAUUUGUUAGAGUAGCAUAAUACGCUACCAAAUGAGUGCAAGAAAGAGUGAUUUUAUGUGUGCAUUCUAUGAAUGUUCUGUGUUUGAAUUUAUAAAGGCACUGAACUUUCAUGGGAAACACUCAUGCUACUUGAGUAGUCGUUUGGUACGAUUGUAUUAUCACAAGCCACCAGAGGGCAAAUCACUCAAAAGUCGAAAUAUUGGUGUGUUUGCAGCAUCUCCUGGGUAAGCUGCACGAUAAUUAACAUAAAAACCCCACCUAGGUACUACUUUCUAAUCGAAAACAUAUUUCAUAAUUUCGGUUAACACUUAAUGAGAUAGACCAGCCACUGUGAUGCUUCCAAGUCGAAUGGACACAUAAUAGCCGUCGCAGUUACUCCCGCGUUUCCGGUAACCGCGGAAGGGGGGUUUGUGUACGGCUACCCUUAAGCGUUAAAUGCACUAAAACGUCAAUAUUGGUGAGAAAAGGUGAGGGCUAAAUUGGCAAAACAGAAAGGACUCGAAAAGAAUGCAUAUAAUGAUAAUAAUAAUAAUAAUAAUAAGAUGAUGAUGAUGAUGAUGAUGAUGAUAAUGAUGAUGAUGAUGCUAAGGAAGAAGAAGAAAAGACCCUUCAUAUGCGAGAUGCUCGUAACAUGGACAUUGGUACAUAAGACUGUUACCAUCCAAAUACCAGAACACUCAAGGUUGUCAGCCUUAAAAAUGUAUGCAUCCAUAAUCGGUGCAUAAAUGCGCAAGCAGAUGCUUACAUUUGUUUGAACAUUUGCUUGAAAGAAGUCGGCAAAAUCUUGCCUGCAGCACCUUAAGGAGGAAGCCAGUGAUGAAUGACGAAUUGGCAAAUUUUUCUUGCCAGCCAGAACAGAUCACCACAACCUGAACCGCACUUUGUCGACUCGGAAAAAACCAGUUUAGAUCACACAGUGCAUACAAAACCUUUCAGAGCUUUUUUUUCUGUUUUUUUUCUGCUGCCUGGCUUCCGCCCUGUCAAACGGAUUUUAAUGACAGAUUUUGCGGGUGAGCCAGUAUUUCGGCCAGUUGGGGUUAACAAGUAAUCAACAAACGCUCAGACUGCAAACCCACUGAGGGCAACAGAACCCGAAUUUCUUUGUCUAGUCCCCUCACGCCCCCCAUUCCCCCAGUGGUAGGUAGUAAGGGGGACAGUGUGGGGGGGGAAGGUGGAAUGCUGCAAUUAGCAGCAAAGGGGUGGGCGGUUAGCCUGCUGUGGGUUCCAUACGACAUGCCUAAGUGGAAGGACCAAUCAGCAACUUGCGAGUUAACAACAUGUUCCCGUCCGCUUAAGUAUAUAAAUGACAUGUGCAUUGACCAGAAAACACGAUCCCCCGAGAGAUCAGAAACCACAUAACACAGUUUCUACGGGUGUGUGUGGAACAGAACGGAUUUCUCCAACUAUCAUCGGUAAGUUAACUUUACCUCCCGGCUGACAUUUUUAUAAUUUCGCACCUCCCUGAAUUGAUAGUGAUGUAAUCAAACAACUAUUCGAUUGAAAUGACCAAAUAGUAUUCCAUAGUUUCUCCGAACUCGAUACUUCCCGAUUUCGAAUAUGAGUCCUCCAUCGUAGUAUUUUAGUCACAUUAAGAAAUUUGUGCACUGAAAUCAUUUAAACGCGCAGACGCCUGAAUACUUGGCUCAUUAGAAACGCCUACGACAAGCAUAGGUCGUGAAUGCGUUUUGAUAGGGUUUUCAUCCGUAACUUCAUGUCUUUUGUCAUAGUAUUCAAAUCAUAUCUUACUUACCUAUUAUCGGGCCGUUGUUGUAUGAUGAAUUGACACCUUUCGUUGAAAAGCAUUCGAAUGAACCGAACUGUAGCGCAUGAGAAGGAGAAGGAGGAGGAGGAGGAGAAUGAGGGGAACUGACUUCCUGGUGCAGAGAAGACACUGAAGCAAAACAGUGAUGCGCCUUUUGAGCGAUAAUUUAAGUGGAAGUGGGAUGUACUAUUACUGUCAUGUUUGGUCAGGAGCCAAGCACGCACGUACACACGUGAAAAGUGCGACCACAGAGGUUUCACUGACACUGACAUGUGUCAAGACUCGUCAAACAACCAUGCACCCUAAAGUACAUCGCCGCAGUCAGUAAGGGUUUCGUGUUUUGUUUUUUCUCUACCACUGGGCGCCCGUAAAACCACGCUCUUCUCUCUGGUGACCGUAGCACAUGGUCCACCUUCUGUCCCAGAAGUGCACGCCUUUCUCCUAAUCAACAUACAAUCACCGAAUAAAUGCCAGUCCUAGGAGUUAAAGCUUCAGUCACAGUAGAGGCAGGGUUCAGAUGGUACGCCUGCGUUUCUGCAAUACAUUGCUUGCAUAUGCAUACAGGUUCCGUUAAAUAUCGCUGCAUCUUUUGGAUCUUUCUACUCCUUUCUGAGCGGUGAUAUUGCGUGCUCCUUCUUCGUUAGGGUUGUGUGCCUGUCUGAUACGCAACGUAAUGUCUAUCAACUAAAUGUUUAUGUGCACGCAGGGCGGAGGGGGGGGGCAGCCUUCAUGUGUGACUGGUGUGACGAGCCUCCGGAAAUCCACCGUAUUGGAUAAUGUCGCCGUAAGGAGGGAAGUCGGGCGUGGAAAUGGCACGGACGUUGUUUUGGAUAAAUAGAGGGAGAGCGUUUUCAAGGGGCUCAAACGUACAUUGUUUUAGUUAGCCAGACCUUAACAGGAACCGGAAUUUGAUCGAAAUUUUCCUCUUUCUCUACAGAAACUACAACAACAACAACGCCAAAAUGCUGCCCAUCUUGAUGCUCUACAUCAUUACAACUGCUGCGAUGCCCUCUCCAGGCAUGGAUGUCAUCCGCUUCAGCAGACUAGAUGAGAAGGCGCGAAUCGGUGACCUGGACUGCGACAGUCCUGAGGCUCCGGCCUUCUGUCGCUACGCCUUCGCUCGUCGCAGCAGUGAGCAGUGCGCCUACCUCGUGACCAUGCGUUCCGUCAUCCAGCCCGAGGAGGAGUACACUUUUUGUGCCCAGCCACGAAAACCUGUCCCCUGUGCCAUCUAUGGCCCAAAUUCUGACCGUCGGACCACAAACUGCGUUGUGCCGCCGAUGGAGAUUAGCCAGUUUGACCUUAUGAUCAUGUACAUUGUGAACCAAGAACUGAAAGCCCGUAUAAUACAACUGCUGAACCAGAAGAACAAGGGCGAGCAGCUGGACCCUGUGUUGCAGCAAGAGGUCGCCGCGAUCCUUUCUGACAACCUGGACUGGUUGUGCAGUCGCAAAUGCAGCAAUGAGUCCUGUGACUUCCUUGCCAAUCUGGACUAUAAUGAGAAAUCACGCGGUGGCAUUCCCAGUAUGCCCACUCUCGUCUCCGAUCUCAGUUCAGAUGGUGUGAAGUCAACUCUGGCGCGCAUCGAGAUACCUGUGGGCACACCGGAGCUCUCCGCCCUCCUGAACAAGAAGCUAACUUUCGGCUCGGUGGAGGCGCCCGAUCUACUCAGUGUUAGCUGCAAGAGAAACAGCCACUUCUUUCCGGUCUAA